AGGGGCCUGCAAGCGCUCGCGCAAGGCGCAAGAAGGACGGAGGAGCGAGCGAGCGAGCGAGCGAGCGACAGACAGACAGCGAUCAGCAGCGGGCAAGUCGACGAGCGGCUCGGAACGGCCAGUGUAGAACGGGCCUUUAUCUGUGCCUCGUCGCUUCGUAGCCCCUGUGUAACAUGCGCCGCUGAGUUGUGAAUUGUCAAGUGAAAUCCAGCAAUGGCUGCCAACGAGCAACAGCGUAAGGAAUCGCGUGAGACCAGGGAACCAGCCCAUCAUGCAAGACGUCCUAUGAACGCAUUUCUGAUUUUUUGUAAGAGGCACCGUGGUUCAGUGCGAUCUGGUUUUCCGCACUUGGAAAAUAGGGCAGUCACCAGGGUUUUGGGUGAAUGGUGGGCAACUCUUCAUCCUGAUCAGAAGCGUUCCUACACAAAUCUUGCACAGGAAUACAAGGAUGCUUUUCUAAAUGCAAAUCCUGACUUCAAGUGGUACAAAUUACCAGCACCUCCGCUACGUACUUUAAAUACUAGGCCUACCAACAAGAAGCAAGAGUCAAGUGGCGGCGUGCAGUCCACAGAUAGUGUCAAAUCUGAAUAUGAGUCUUCCGAUUGUACAAAGUCAGACAGACGGGACGGACAAUCAAUUCAACCAGGCAAAUUAGCCGAUGAAUCGCAGAUUGGUGGACUUAGUUCUCUCUUCACUCCUCAAAAGACAGAGACGUCCGAGGAGAUUAAUGGUGCAGAAAGUGAUUCUGUUCCACCGAAACCACCCAAAAAGAGGUACACAGAAUCACCUUUCCAAAGUGACCAGAAAAGGGAUUGCAAGACAGAUCUCUUUGGCGAGAAGAAAAGAAAAAAAGCUGAGUCAAAUAACAACGAACAGCACGAAACGAUCAUAGAAGAUGAGAAGGAUACAAUAAAUUCUUUUGUAACAAUGCAUAUACAACCAGAGGAGAAUAAUUUUCGUAGUGAAAGAACAUGUAAAGGUUUACGUUAUCAGAAAUUUCUUGCUGAGCAGAAUAUUGGCCCCUCGGGCCAACAAAACAAACGAAGACGAACAAUUGGAAGUCAUGGUCAUGAUGAGCGUUCAAAUGAAAGAAGAAAUUCUAUUUCGUCAAAUGUUAGUGAAAAGACAGAUUCCUUAAGCAGUGAAGAACAUCUUGCUGAGAGUGCUGAGGGAAAAAUGGAAGCUUCUAAACCUGAAGAUACAGAAACUGAAGGAGCCGAGGAUCAAGUAGAUUAUGGACCUUGGACGGCACGUAAAAGAUUUCGAGCCGAAGACUUUAACUUGGAAAAGAAGAUCGAGGCAUUACCGUCUUUGAGUUUAGAGGAAUUUCAAGAAAAGAAAAAACAGCAACGUACGAAAAAAAAGAAAAUUUUACAGAAAUUCAAUUCUUCAGCUAAUAAAAAACAUCAAAGUAAUUCAUCUUCUGGGGGCCAGACAAACGGUCAAACUCAAAGAGUUAGUACAAUAAAUGAAAGUUACGAGGAAUUAGAAAAAGCCCAUCUUGUUGGAAGCCAAAAACGGAAAGCACGGAAGCAAAGUAUCACGCGGAAUGCUGCGGCAAUAAAUUCCACCAAGCAUUCUGAGGAUCAAGAACAAAAUAAAUCUUGGUGUGCAUCUCCAGAUCUUGAAGCUCUAGCUUGUCUUGCAACGGUUGCCGCCAACAGGACAAAACUUACCAAAAAUGCUUAAUUGUGUAAGAUCGCACUAUAAAAACCAAAACUUUAUUAAGUUUUCUCCAUGCAAUUUUCUAUCACCGGGACUAUUAAAACAUACUUUUUCAAGUGCUGUUAUAAACGAUACCGUUACGGUAUCAAUAACAUAAUGAUUAUUGUUAAUAUCUUUAUUGUUAAUCUUUACUAUUAUACAAAUAUUAAUAUUACGACUGCUAUUGAUUAUAGAUUAUUCCAUUAUUCAGUAUACGAGGGACAUGUUUUUUUAUUUGGAAUAACAGUUUUAUCGAAAAGGUAAAAAGGUAAAGGAUAUCUUUUUUUACAGUUUAUUUUGUGAAAAGUCAUUUUCUACGGUUUGGAAAAGAUAUACUAUUUUAUUUAUCAUUCUCCUAGUUGUACAUAAAAUCAGUUAAGUUAUCUAGUAUAAUUGAUUAUUUUAAUACUAAGUAUUUUAUCAUAUACGUUACUAAGUUCGAUAAUAUUCUUAAUUAUGCACUUUUUCAUCUAUUUCUCGUUAUAAUCUUUAUGCGAAUUCUAUGAAUCAUAUUAAUGCCAACAAUAAACCUAUUGAUUAGAUAAA